AUGCAGACGGCUAUUCCACUUGCCCCUUCGGUCUCAUCAACACCACCUCCUCCCGAUCACCUGAAUCCUAUCGACGCAAUGAUUACUCCUGAUCCCCCACCGUUCCCUAGUCCUCGAUCAGUCACACAUAUCGAUUCACCACCUCUGGUCCAUCCAGCCGACAAUGAAAGCCCAUCUCAACCAGCCGGCUCGAUGGAGGAGUGGGUCAAACCGUCCCCGAUACAAGUCAUCAGGAGGAAUCCCAAAGAUAUCACAUACCUUUUAUGUCUCUUCAUGCUGUGGGUAGGGACGACGUCAGGUUGGGUAGUGUUCAUGGUCAAGAAAGCAAAGUCAUUGUCGAAUCAAGAUGGGAUGGGACAGAUAUUCUUGCUCAUCGAUGCCGUGUUCAUUUUAGCCCUUCUUAUUCUCACCUUCCUCAUCGUUCGUCAAGUGUUCUACUUGGGACAAUACUUUUCACCGCCCUCCAACCAGACGUCUCAAGUACCAGGUUGGUUGUUACCUCGAUUACCCAGUUAUGUCGAUGCUGUCGGAAGAGCUCAGGCGACGGGUGAUGUGGAGGACAGGUGGAUCGUAGGGGAGGGAUUGCCAAAAUAUGGGGAUAACAGGGGGAGUACGUUGUUAUUGAGAAGUUUGUCUAGAGGUGGUGUACCGAGUAUAAAUACAGAAACGACAGAGAGAGAAGGUGGUAACUUGUCAGGGGAGACGGAACAUGAUCAUAUUCGGCCAAGAGACGAAUGA